GAUAAAGAGCCGUGACAUCAGCUUGGAGAAAUGUAUGUGCGGUGGGAAAGGAAGAAUUACAGAGCCGUGUGACUCGGGAAGAGGAGCGGACGGCAGAGACGGGGAAGGCGUUUCCAUUCCCAGCCCGGCGAGUCUGCACGUACGAGCGGGCGAAUCGGGCCGAUUGCCCGGCGCACAGAAUAAACCUUAUAUCCAAUUUACUGUCACUGAUACGCGUUUCAGAUCAUUCAGAACGAACUGUUAAUAAUUUAGUAGCUCCAGCAACAUAUUUGUAUUACUCGGGAAAAAGAAGAAGGGACUUUUACAAAAGGAUAAUUUUCAAAUCCAAAAGAACGUGAGAAAAGGCUACAGACACCGGGAUAAGGAAACGCCUUUUUGUUUUUCUUUUGCUGUUUAAGAGCAUCACUGCGCGGCUGAUUGAUUCCAUCCGGAGACAUGUCGGAGUACAGUGUUCUGCUUAGUGACCUGUCUGAGAACAUCACCAAUGAAGACCUGGACCAGCUUAAGUCUGCUUGUAAGGAGGACAUUCCAGAGGAGCAGAGCAAUGCUAUCACCUCCUCCAAGGAGUGGUUCCACUACCUGGAGAAGAAUGACAAGCUUUCCCAAGAUAACCUCUGUUACAUCGAGCACAUCUUCGAGAUCUCACGGCGCCCCGACCUGCUGACACGCGUCAUCGAGUACCGCACCACAGUGCUGAAGAUUUCCGAAGAUGACGAGAUCGACACCAAGCUGACGCGGAUCCCCUCUGCCAAGAAGUACAAGGAUAUCAUUCGCCAGCCAUCAGAAGAUGAGAUCAUCAAGCUGGCUCCACCCCCCAAGAAAGCAUGAGGUCACCGCCCCUGACCUAUCAAAUGUGAUGCAGUCGUCAGUGCUCCCCGUAUAGCUCAGCAACCCGGUCGCACCAGUCUACCCUCCUACCCAAUGAAAUACAAUAUGGACUCUCCCACCAACCAAUCACAGAGCAGGCAGGCCUCUGUUUUCCACAUCUGUGAGAACAGAGAGGAUUCCAGAUGCAUGAGGAACGGGAAGGAACAUGGUGACGGAUGAUGCGUCAGAGCUUGUGUCAUCUUUGAAAUGUUUGAAAAUAGUAUUUCAACUCCCAAAUCUACCUUCUGGUAGCAAAAGUUUGCCAAACUAUACAUUUGUUUAUGACAUCUGUGAUGCUUUCAUUUAGGUCAGAUUUUCCAUCUGUUCCAUUUGAAAAAUGAGGGUUUGUUUAGGACAGUAUUAAUAACUUUGGGAAAAGUUAAAGUUCAAUAUAUGAUAGUAUUAAAUAGAGAUUUAGGUGAAAAUAUAUCAAAAUAUUGAUAUCCCUUUAAAAAUAUUUUUGAAUUGUAUAUCAAAGACCUAUAAUGUUUUUACAAAUUUAUUUCUUUUUGUCUUCACAAUGAAAGCUGGAAGAUUGACUGAUGCUUCUGUGUUUAGUAGUUAAAAUAUUUCCCUUAUAUAUGACCUCUUUGCCAAGUCUUGGUAGUCUGUUGCAGUGCUAUACAAAAUAAUAUAGUGGUUUUCAUAGAGAUUGUGGGGUGGUAGAAUGUACUGCUAAGAAUUUGUACCAAAAACAAAAGGAAACGUGUUUUCUGUCAGACAGGACUAUAUUUUUUCCAGGGAGAAAUGGUCCUGCAUGUUUAACUGGGUUGUAAUACAGGCUGUUGUCCAUUUUCUUAGACACAUUUACACCUGAUUAAUUUUAAACUGUAUGAAAAUAUAAUACAUGUAUUUUUAAUAUAGGUUGGCAAAAUUAGUUGCAGUGCCUAGGCUGAUCGAUAUAACAUUUCAGUUGUAAAAUUUGUGCAAGAAUAUUGCCUCACUCUGAAGCAUGAAGCAGUAAAAUGCUUUACUUAUAACACCUCGUGGAAAUCUCCAGAGAGGUUGUGCUUUUUUUCUUGAUCGCUCACUGAAAUAAUGAAAGGAAAUGGCGCCCUCUGGUGGAUUUUUCAGGCUUGUUUUUCACUGUGUUGACGUAGAACUGUUUGUAUCGUGCACCCCCACCUGUUUUAACCAGGCUCUGCAAUUCAAGGCAAUAUCCUUGAUAUUCUUUGCUUAUAGGACCAAGCCCAUGAUAUUCUUUGCUUAUAGGACCAAGAUCUUUUUUUUCAUGUUAAUUCCAAUGUAUGCUUGGGCAUUUUUUUUAUUCUGUGUAAUUUUGGAAUAUUUUUUGUUUCUAGCAAGCAUAAUGUGAAAAAAUAGUUGCUUGAACAUAGUGGUGGACUGAAAUAUUCUAUGCAAAUGCCUUAGAGAAACUGAACCAAUGGACUUCAUCGAUUCAAAUGGAAAAUAUAGUUUCUAAUUGGUUUUUAUUACCGGCGCAUUUAAUUGAGCCUUUGCUUGUUAUUCUGGUUUUGCUCUUGUUUGCCGGGUCAUUGCCAGCCCAUUUAAUCAAACACAACACUUGAAUUGCAGCUCUUGCUCUUUCAUUACAUUUCUGCUCUCCCAUCUAUCAACGGGCUGUUUCGUGCAGGUAUAUACUGUCUGUCACUGCCCGCUACAGUCACUAGUGAGGGCGGAACACGGAGCGUUGAUGGUUUCUGUGGAGGAAGGAAGGCUGCAUGUCUGGAAGGUGUCUAUGAAUGUAGGGCACAGCUACUGGUGCUUGUGAGGGAUGGAGAUUGGAUGGUUUGGAUGGAUUCAAGAAAAAUGUGCUUUUUGGAUACAUUUGGAGUAGAUAAUUGCGAUGCUUCAUUAGCUUUUGCAGGUUUCUGAGUUUUAACAAAAUCAGUGACCAUCCACAUGACAUCUGAAUCCCUUUAGUAUUUAAUCAGUAAUUCAAAUACAAAUAUCUCCGAGCAGAGGCUGAACUUCCCAAACAUUGGCACCACCCAGUUGGCUCGUCUCAGUAAAAAUCUCUGUAAAACAAUAGUAAUAGUUUAAGAAAAGGUGUGUGAUUUUGGAGGAAUCAAUAUGUCUACACAAUCGAGAGAACUGGAUGGUGCGGUGAUGUUGGCUUGUGUUGGGAGGUGGUGUGUGAGGAAGGUGUGGAUUGGACUGGAAACGGCAACAGUGACGGAGUAGUGAGAUAUUCCUAGGACAGUCGGACCAGCGUGUGAGUGGACAUUAAGAGUUGCUGGCAUGGAAAACUUCAUUUGUAAAUAUGAUUAGACGCUUUAAAAGCUGACAGAUGUGGUGGUAGAGGGUUCUAAGGCAGUAUUACAGCACGGAGAACUCGGAUCUUUGAGCAGCAGUACCAGAACGCCUAAAUGAUUGUGUUUGUGGUGAGCAGGGGCCAAAUCAGCCUGCGGUCUGAAGUGUUAGUGCUGCUGUUAGACGUCUUGGGAAUGUUAUUCCUGGCCAAAAAUCCUUACUGUGACAGUGUGUGUUAGUGGUGUGUGACUGCCUGAAGGAAGGGCUGGUGCACACUGGUACUAUCGCAGUAAGGCUGCAGUAGAACUGCACACAUAUUUUAGAACUGUAUUCAUUUAGUUUAACUUGUAACCUAAAUCAAACUGUAUAGUACUGGAUUAUUUGAAAUUAAAAUUCUGUUUACAGGACAGUACGGUAUGAAGCAGACCCAAUAUUACCAGCUGCUGUUUAAAGUUAAUGAAUGAGGCAUGGUGGUCAUUUGCCAGACCACAGUGUUUAAACCACGGCAUUAGAUUAGAUUACUAACAAUUUUAGAAGGAAAUCUGGAGUCUGCCACUGACAAUACAUCAUAUGAUCAGAGAGAGAUACAUUGUUUAGAUAACAGUUAAAGCCAUUAGAAAAUGUGGAGUGUGAUGUCACACAAUGUCUGUGAUGAUAAAUGAAAGGACAUUCUAUUCUAAACUGUUACUACAAAUGCUAAAGGAAUUAAUUCAAAAGUUGCUUGAAUGAUUAAAACUUUAUUCCUUAGAUUUUACCCCCAUGUCAAAAUUUUACAGUUCAUGUGAUUUGUAUUUUCUGUCCUUAAGUUAUAUAGUGUACAUAUUGUGACUCUAUUUUAAUAUUUGACUAUUAUUUAUUAAAUUUAAAUAUUUAAUCUCAUAAUUUCAUACAUGGUGGAAACAAUUGAUUGGGAUGAACUUGCUUGUUAGGAAACAUUCCUUUUCAAGAAAUUAUUUCAUGUAGAACCAAGUCUUUUUGUUGCUCUUGUUGUUGUUGAUAUUGUUGCAAAUAACUACUGAAGUCAAAUGAUUUAAUAUGUUCUGUUGUGGAAAUUAAAUGGUUUUUUUUUGCUGUAUGUAUUUCAGUUGUGGGUUUAAGGAUGUUUACAUUUAAAUGGUAAAGCAAUGAGACCAUUAGUGACUCAAUAGGUUUAUUCACAUUGCUGUGCUGUAUUUUCUAUACAUGAAACUCAACAUUCGUAUGUGUAUGAUUUCCAGAAUACUCAGCUUUGCCUGGAGAAUUCGCCCAGAUCUCCUUGUGAGUUUCGAAGUUGACCUGGGGUAUUAGAAAUGAGCACUGAAAUCAUUCCCAAUCCAACUGGAAAAUGAGCAGACAACAUAGCACAUACAUAUAUACAUAUAUUUAUAUAUAUACAUAUAUUUAUUUUUUCUGCGAAAGCUAUAUACAACAUGGAUUGUUAUUGCUUUAAUACAUACUAAUGUUUCUCUACAAAAUUAUGAUUUUGCAGGUACCCGCCUGUGUACCACUGCAUAGCUGUGUAAUGGCGUGAACUUAUCGAUCAAAGAAACAAAUUAAAUACUAGCAUCUUGGGGCCAUGAUCAAUGCAUGGCCAUAGCAUGAUAUCUGAUGUCAAAUCUGCAAGGUGGCAAGUGCUCACAUUUGUAAACCACACUGACAUUAUUACUGUAGUGCAUUACUGUUUUCAGUUAUGUAACUGAAGUGCAGAUUGAAUUGAGAGCACAUGUUACGAAGGAUUUAUCUUGAUCAGGGAACAGUAUGUAAGAACUUCUCCAAUCUAAUCUUUGCUAACACAUCUCUCUUAAGUUCUGCCUUUAUCUGCUUGAGAUUUGAAGGUUGAAUAAAGAGCCGAUGUUUGUAUGAAACAUUUUGCCAUGUGCAGUAACAAGCUUCGCAACUUUGAAGAAGAAAAAUGAAACUAAUCCACACUGUAAUGAAAGUAACAGUACGAGUUUAUUUGUGGAAUUGAUAUUCCCUGGACAGCGCGGUGUGAGGUGCUGGCUUUAAACUUGGGUUUUAUCUGUUCGAUAUCAAACAUGGAGCUAUUUGCUGUGGUUCCCGAACUCUGAACUGGAAAAGUGCAACAUUAGAUUCCUGUUGUUUUUUUUUUUGCAGUGGCACCUCAAUAGUAUCGAGUUCAGCUUGAGAGAUGCAGACUUGAGUUUGGGGCCCAGUUGCCACCCCACCAUUGUGUAUUGCAGUAUACGGCGGACAUUCGAUUGGCAGACCUGUCGGUGCUCAGCUGCGGACAGCAGAGAUUUCUCUUAACUAUAUUUUUCUAGAUUACAUGCAGGUGAAAAGAAAUGCACUUUCUCUUGGGAUGAUUUCUGUGGUUAGAAGCAUGACCUGUAAACAGAAAGUUAGAAAUACAGAAAUGGCAGGAAAAUGUGUGAAACCCCUUGAAAAAUAUCAGACUGAAUCUGACGGCUAAACGUCAGAUCUCGUUAAUGGACAAACAGUUCCAAGGUCAUUGCUGCCGUUUUCCAAGAAUAAUAACGGAUCAGUCUGGUUUUCUAUUUGAGGUUAAGAAACUAGUCAGUCCCAUCGUCACGGGUUUGUCACUGGGCUGCAGUGGAGUGACAUUUUAAGUCUUUGAUGCAGUGACUGUUAAAAAUGUUUAAGAAAAAAAAACAUGAUUAUCCAUUUACUGGUUGUUAUUGCAGUGUAUGCUGUUUUAUUAUUAUUUUGAUGUGACAGCAUUGAAGAGUAAAUGAUAUAUUGAGUGUAUUUAAGGUGUGGCUUUUAUCUAUUCAUUGAAUUAUUUUAAAAGGCCUUUUUGUCAUUGUGCUAAAAUAAAUAUUAAAAAAAUAUUUGCUAACCUAAUAAA